GCUCCCUCCUCUGUGUGAAUCUGUCAGGAGAGCAGUGUGUAUGUGUGUGUGCGCAUGUCACUUCUUUUUAAACUUACUCACUCUUUGGGAGCGGUGGGCAGGGUUUUUCAGAGUGUGAGAGAGGAGAGGAGACCCCCGUGGUGCUGUGAUUUGACUAAACAAACAGCCGAGUUUCAGAGCGGUUCCUCCUUCAGCGGACUCCGGGGACAGCAGAGAUUAACCCCAGACACUGAACAUCUGAGGGAUCUAUACAUCUGAGGCAGCAGCCCCCUGUAGAGACAACCAGCUGGAAACCUCUGCUCUGAUUUCAGAAGGAGGACUCCUGGCCGGCAACCUCCUCGGACAGAGAGGAAAAACUUGUCUGUACUUCUAGGAUCACUCUGAAGAACAAAGUGAAUUGAAGGCGUCCACCAUGAGGAGGGUGAUGGUGUCUACGCUUCAUCUGACAGUCACAGUGACAGCAGCUCUGCUGUAUUUCUGCUCCGAGCUUUGCUGCCUGGAGAUCACACCCGAUGGCACGGAGCUCGUCCUUGCUGAGGGCUCCUCUCUCACCCUCACUUGCUCCGGCUCGGGGGACACGAUUUGGGAAUUCAAGAGGGACGAUGUGCCGUACAUCCAGGUGGAACAAGCUCAAACUGGUGGUCAAAGUUACCAAAUCGUGCAAAGCAGCACCACUUCCAGUGUUUUGACUUUGAAUAAUGUGAGCUGGAAGCACACUGGGGUGUAUCAGUGUGUUGAUCGACACACUGGAGACACUAAGGAGGUGGCUGUUUUUGUCCCAGACCCUCAUGUGUGGUUUAUAGAGAGCUCCCACGGCAUGGUAACAAAGACCAGUGAGGAGAGCACCAUCCCCUGUGUGGUCACCAAUCCCAACAUCAAUGUCACCCUGUAUGAGAGGGACACCGAUCUGCCCAUUAGGGGGCUUUAUGUUCCCAGUGAGGGGUACAAGGCACCACUGGAGGACAGGACCUACGUGUGCCGUGGAGAGCUGAAUGAGGAGGUGAAAGAGUCUCAGGCCUUCUACGUCUUCAGCAUUGUCGUCCCAGAGGCCAUCGACGCCUACAUCAAUGUGUCAAAGACCGUGUUGAAGCAGGGCGAACCGCUGACAGUAAACUGCACGGUGCACGGAGUGGAGCUGGUGUUUUUUUCCUGGGAUAUCCCCAACAGAGAGGUUAUUGAGGUUGAGCCGCUGACAGACGUGCUGUCCGCCAUGAACAUGCGCUCCUGCCUGAUCUUCCCUCGUGCCACGAUCGCCCACAGCGGAAACUACGUCUGCCACGUCCACGAGGGUGUCCAGGACCAGUCUGCCUCUGCCAGCGUCAACAUCACUGUGCUUGAACGAGGCUUCGUGGAUGUGAAAGCUGCUCAGCAACAAAACAUUUCAGCCAAGCUCCAAGAGAACGUGGAGCUGAGAGUGGAGAUUGAAGCCUACCCUCCCCCUCAGGUCCACUGGAGCAAAGACGGCGUUACCAUCAAGGGAGACAAACCCAUCGCACCUAGACAAGAACAUGAGAUCAGGUAUGUCACCAUUCUUACCUUGGUGCGGGUGAGGACGGAGCAGAAGGGCCUCUACACCGUCCUCAUCACAAACGGAGAUGACACAAAGGAGGUGACCUUUUACCUGGAGGUCCAAGUUCCCUCUCAGAUUAAAGACCUGACUGACCACCCCCUGUCUGGGAAGAGGCACGUGGUGACCUGCAUAGCAGAGGGGGUCCCAACCCCGACCAUCCAGUGGUACAGCUGUGACAGCAUGCACAAGUGUAGCAACCAGACAGCAGUGUGGCAACCGCUGAUCCCAGAGCCAGAGGUGCUGAGCAUCCACACCAAUGUCAGCUACAGCAAGACUCGUAAAACCAGCCAGGUGCGGAGCCAGGUGACCUUCCACAAGCUCCAGCAGGUCACAGUGCGUUGUGAGACCAGCAACCAAGCAGGACUUGUUGACAGGAGAGACGUCAAACUGGUGUCCAGCACACUGUACUCCCAGGUGGCAGUGUUGGCUGCUGUUCUAGCCUUAGUGGCCAUCAUCAUCAUAUCUAUCAUCAUCCUCAUUGCUGUGUGGAGGAAGAAACCUCGUUAUGAGAUCAGAUGGAAGGUGAUCGAGUCUGUGAGUCAGGAUGGUCAUGAGUACAUCUAUGUGGACCCCAUCCAUCUGCCCUAUGACCUGGCCUGGGAAAUGCAGCGAGACAACCUGGUGCUGGGUCGCACUCUUGGAUCAGGAGCCUUUGGCAGGGUGGUCGAGGCAACUGCGUAUGGUCUCACUCAUUCCCAGUCCAGCACAAAAGUGGCUGUGAAAAUGCUGAAAUCCACAGCCAGGAGGAGUGAGACUCAGGCUCUGAUGUCAGAGUUGAAGAUAAUGAGUCACCUCGGUCCUCACCUCAACAUCGUCAACUUGCUGGGAGCUUGUACCAAACACGGCCCUCUGUACCUGGUGACCGAGUACUGUCGCUAUGGCGAUCUGGUGGACUACCUGCACAGGAACAAGCACACGCUGCUGCAGUACUACGCUGAGAAGAACCAGGAUGACAGCUGUCUCAUCUCUAGAGGAAGCACUCCGCUAAGCCAGAGGAAAGGCUACGUUUCUUUUGGGAGUGAGAGUGAUGGAGGAUACAUGGACAUGAGUAAAGAUGAGCCCUCACUCUACGUGCCCAUGCAGGAGCAGAUGGACACCAUCAAGUAUGCCGACAUCCAGCCCUCUCCAUACGAGUCUCCCUACCAGCAGGACAUCUAUCAGGAACAAGGUGGCGGCAGAUUGGACCUGGCCAUCAGUGACUCUUCCAUUCUCACCUAUGAUGAUCUCUUGGGAUUCAGCUACCAAGUGGCGAAGGGAAUGGAGUUUCUUGCCUCAAAGAAUUGUGUCCAUCGUGACCUCGCUGCCAGGAAUGUGUUGAUUUGCGAGGGCAAACUGGUGAAGAUCUGUGACUUUGGCCUAGCAAGAGACAUCAUGCAUGAUUCCAACUACAUCUCUAAAGGCAGCACCUUCCUGCCUCUGAAAUGGAUGGCACCAGAAAGUAUUUUCCAUAACCUGUACACUACCCUGAGCGAUGUUUGGUCAUACGGCAUUCUUCUUUGGGAGAUUUUCACACUGGGAGGAACCCCUUACCCUGAUUUGCCCAUGAAUGAGUUGUUCUACAGCGCAUUGAAGAGAGGCUACCGAAUGGCCAAACCCACCCACGCCUCUGAUGAAGUUUAUGAAAUAAUGAAGAAGUGCUGGGAUGAGAAGUUUGAGAAGAGGCCCGAGUUCUCCUUCCUGGUUCACAGUGUGGGAAAUAUGUUGACAGACAGCUAUAAAAAGAAAUACAAUCAAGUCAACGACAACUUCCUGAAGAGUGACCACCCAGCAGUCGCCCGCACCAAACCCAGACUCUCUUCACCCGUUCCGAUCGCCAACCCAGCAUUCGGCUCCCCAUCCCCUCCCUACAUGCCCCCGGACCCCUAUAACCAGAGCCUGAGCCCCAGAGAGUUCAGACAAGAGGCAGACACACAGGAAAUCAUACCUUCAUACAACGAAUACAUCAUUCCUAUCCCAGACCCCAAGCCGGAGGACGUUUUCACUGAAAUGCCGUCAGAAAGCCCUGCAAGCUCUCUCGUUCUGGAGGAGGAGACAGACUCCAUGUCCCAGGACACUGCUGAAACUCUCCCAGAGGAGGACAGGCUGGAGGAGACGAGUGAGAGAGACGCUCUGCUGGGUUCUUCCGGUACGCCCGAGGUAGAAGACAGCUUCUUGUAGCCACAUGUAGAAAAUCCUGAGAAAACAUCCCCUUUUCUGGGAAUUUUUUUUUUUUUUUUUAAUCCUGCCUGAAAAAGGGAACGUGACUAAACUAGAAUGUAGCAAAAUUGAGACGGAGAAGGCAAUCUUUGUAUUUCCACUAAGCACUCAAAGUUUUGCCCUUCUUCUGAGUUUUGUAUCAAACUUAGUACCUCUGAAACUACAAAAGGUUACAAAUAAUCAGUUACAAUACAGACAUUUAUUGGAAGCUUGCCAUGAUAUAAAUACGGUACUCUCUUCACACUCCUAUAGAAUCGGUUUACAGUAAAUGUAAAUGUAUUUUCUAUUGUAGUCAGAGAUUUAUGACGCCUUAUGAGAUAUGUACUUUUUUUAGUUAGACACAUUCAACCAUAUGCCUUAUGAUUUAACCCCCACCCUAGAUUUUUAGAAAAGCGGGUAUUAUUUGUUUUACUUUUCUUUUUUUUUUUUUUGGAAAAAUGUUUAAUUUUUAGUUUUAAUAACACAGAAUGAUUAACACAACAUAAACAAACAAAUUAAAUAAUGCCCAAACAAGAACCAUAUGUAUUUUAGUGGGAAUCAUUAAUAUUAGCCCUAAACCAUAAUAAUAGAAAGUUAAUGUUUAAAUUCCAACUUUAUGUUGCAUUUUUUCUCACCUUAAGUACAACCAACUGUGUUCACCGAAUUAUAGUAUUUUUGUAAGUUUAAUUUCCAGGAUAUGAAAUACAGAUUCUACAUGCACUGUUUUAUCAUGACAAACACUUUAUUUUUAGUUACAUAUGCCGUAAUGCUUCCACUUUUCUUUUUUGGUGAGAAUUAUAUGAAAUUUAUGUCAUAUGUGAAUUUUGAAUACUUGUUUAUGUAGGUUUAAUUCAUAGUUCUGUGCCAGAUUUGCACUUUAUUUAGAAAAGGGUGGAUAUUCCUUUUGAAAACACAAAUAUACUCUAUAGUUAAGAUGAAAUAGUUCAACUCAGAAUCAACUUUUGACCUAAACUCGUGGCCGUUACAGUAAAUCAGUUUCUGUGACAACAGGUGACUCAAGCGAACACACUAAACACAGCGUAUCACUGCCUUAGCACAAGAUGGCACACAUCAGUGCCUGUGUAUAGACUGACAGAGUUUUAUCCUGCAGCUAUUGUUGCUUGCUGAUAUGAAGGGCUACCAUACUCAAGAAACAUAGAUAGCCAUAUGUGUACAUGUAAAAAUGAUGCUUUUAUUCUUCUGCUGCACUGUAUAGCAUUCACUCACACAGUGUUUCAACCGUCAAUACAAUAGUGUUGACGAUAGUCUACUCUAAACAACACAUUGUCCUUUUCUGUAGCAAUUUAAAAUGCACAAGAUCACUGUAUCACAAGCUAUGGUACCAAAGCUCUUAACGUUUACAAAUGUAUUUUUUAUAUGUGCCAUUUUAUAUGUUGUAAAUGUGACAAUAAAUGUGUAUUAUUGUAGUAGCACUGGA